AUGAAGACCACUGCUGCUCUCGCCACUCUUUCGGCCCUCAUCCAACAUUCCAUCGCCAACCUCGAUGUAGUUACUCUCUACGCCAAGCCCAAUGCAUACAUCCAGGAGGCUUCUGCCACGCUUGUUGUUGGAGAUGUCCCUAGCCCCAUCACUGGAGAUGUCGCUCUGUGGAGUGCCAUUAUGAUGGAGAACCAGGCUUCUUUCCUCCAGGGUGUAACAGAGAAUGCUCCUCAGGGUCUCGGAUAUUGCACCGACCUCGGAAAGCAGUGGUGCAACUUUGCAUAUGCUCUUGUCAACCAGAGCUCUGAACCUAAGAACGGCAAGCCAGUCAAGGCCGCCCCAGGAUCUCGUAUCAAGACGCACUACAAGCUGAACUCUCAGACGCAGAUGUGGGACCAGAACCUCUACAUCAAUGACAAGCUAAUGUCCAGUGUCUCCACCAGCCAGGGACAGCAUGGCGAAAUCUUUUACAUCUCAGUCGAGUGUGCAGCUGGCACUUGUGCCACUGCUCCUGCCCACAGCUGGGAAGACAUUUCUAUCACGCUGAGUCAGGCUGACUCAACCUUUGGCCGUUCCGGAGGCUGGCAGUACGGUGCCACUGGUGGAAAGAUGUCGACUCCAGAUGGUGGCAAGACUUGGCGCUUCACUACCCUGAAGGUCCCAGCCACUAACCCGUAG